CUUUACUUCAAGUCUUAACACUUUACACCCAACACAACCAUUCAAAACAGUCGAAAGGAGUUCGACUCUUGUAACACUUACAAUUGUAUCUGAAACGUGCGGUCCGUAGAAAUUUCAUUGUGAAUUUUUUAAAUAUUUUGUAAAAGUUUUGUUAAUUUUUAAAUUCGGUUAGCGAAAAGUUCGUUUUGAAUAAAUUUUCCAUUUUGUCUUACACUUUGUAAAAUAACAAUUGCAAUCACGACUUUGUUUUAAGGCAUUUUGUUGAACGAACUCAAGGAAGUGCAUUUCGUUAAUGUUCAUUUUUGCAUUCAUUUUUGCAUUCAUUUUUAUUAAAAGCAACGAUUUGUGUUAAGUGCAAAACGAAAUUCUAUUUUAAAAAUAAAUUUUGAAAAGAAAGCAGAUUUUUUAAAAGCAAUUUAUUGCAUUUUCAAGUAAAAGUGCUGUGAUUUUUUUGUGAUCGUCAGAUAAUUGCUUAAUUGCAGUUUUAAUUAAUUGUUAAUUAAUUUUCAUUUUUUGAACGAAACAAAAAACAAAAGACCCAAAAAAAUGAAAUUCUUCAGCGUUUUAUUCACUAUUGUUUUGACAGUAGCUUUGGUUGCUGGUCAACAAUUCCUGCUUGGACAAUUUCCAUCCACAGUGCAUAGUCAAUUUAAUUAUAAUACAUUAGAUGCAGUACCACAAGGCAGUAAUGUCAGAGAUCCAAGACAAAAUAGAGGACCAGUUGUGUUCCCACCUUCACCACCAAAUCCACUUGAUGAAUCCAGCGGCGUAGUAGUCGGAGCUUCAGGUUACGGUUUUGUGCCACCACAACAAAAUAAUGGUGUUUUUGGUUAAGCUUGUAAUUCAAUACAUGAGACAGAUACCAAAUACAUACUAAUUAUAACUCAGGCAUUGCUUUAAGAAGAACCACACAUACACACACACACAAUAGAUAAUUACAUUAAAUUAAAAUCAGAGCUAAACUU